AUGGUGAAGCAAAUUUCUUUCGUUUUCUUUGUUCUUUUUGCUUGCUACAUUGGAGUUAAUUCUCAGGAAUUGAAGCAGCUUACCAAUGAGAUUGAAUUGAAUGUGCCAGCAAAACAGCUCAAAAAUGUCAUCCAAAGCAUUGAUGUUUUGAAAGGUGAUGGUGGAGUUGGCACUGUUCUCAAACUCACUUUUGUUCCAGGGAAUUCAAGCUACACAGAGAGAUUCACUGUGAUUGAUGACCAAAAGAGGGUGAAAGUGGCACAAAGCUUGCAAGGUGGAUGUCUAGCAAUUGGUUGCUCAGUUCAAAUUGAUCGAUUUGAUAUUAUAGAGAAAAACAUGACUUCAAGCAUCAUCGAAUCUAAAAUUUUUUAUGCUGUCAAGAAAGAGUUUGAAGCUAAGGAUCCGAAGCCUAAUAUCCAACUAUUCGCAGCCGCUGCUCAAAUUGCUAAAAAGUUUCUUGAGAAUCAACAUGAUGCAUAG